UUUUCACACCCACGCACCAUUAUAUCUAGAGCUAUGAAGACGGUCUUUCUCUUCCUCAUUCUGACUAUUUCUGGACUGCUGGCUCUAGUGUUUUUCAAAAACACGAAAGCAGAGACGUACAACGAAGCCUGCCUCAUCAACACGCUCUUCCGAAUGGUUUCUGAAUUACAGGCGACUCUGAAGGAAAUGAAAACAGAUGUCACUGAUUUAAAGACGGAAGUGACUGAUUUAAAGACUGAAGUCAAUUAUUUAAAAACGGAAGUUAUUGAGUUGAAAUCGGAAUUAGAGAGUGAAAAAGAAGAAAGAUUAAAGUUGGAGAUGUCACACUUGGAAUUGAGGAACAUCACUGUUGACCUUCAAACAAAGGACAUAUCUUAUAACCAAAGCUCACUGAAUUUGCAACAAGAAUUGGAAAUUGUGAAACAGCAACUACAGAAACAUCUUGAACUAUCCAAUCACUUGGCGAAUGAUUCGCUGGAAUUGAAUGAAAACGUUGCACAGCUUCAACGAGAUAAUUCUUUACACGAUGAGACUUUAAAAGUACAUCGGAGAUUACAGCUUUGUGAUGAAAAGAAGGGCAAACUUAACCAGAUUUUAGAUGCUGAUGUAAACUCCUCUCUGGUCAUAGACAGGCCAACUUUGGGGUUUGGAAAUGCCUGUAACCACGAACCAGAAUGGGGAGCAGACAAAGUACUAAGGCGAGCUUGA